AUGGUCCGGAGCCUCUGGCGACGGUUCCAUGGUAUGGAGCCUCUGGCGACGGUUCCACGUAAUGGAGCCUCCGGCGAUGAUCCAAGGUCCAGAGUCCCCGGCGACGAUCCGGAGGGAUCCGCGAGCAGAGCAGGAUCUACGUCCCAAACCGGAGCCGCCACCGAGGCUAGAUGCCCACCCGGACCCUCCUCCAUAGAGUCAGCUGCCUGUGAACCAGCCGACCGCCGCCAGAGGCUCCGGACUGCCGACCGCCGCCAGAGGCUCCGGACUGCCGACCACCGCCGGAGGCUCCGGACUGCCGACCGCCGCCGGAGACUCCGGACUGCCGACCAUCGCUUGAGGCUCUGGACUGCCAACCGUCGCGUGGAGCUGGCCCAGGACAUGGUCCUACCUAGGUUUGAGUCUGGGACUGAGGGGGACAGCACUGAGUCUGGGGCAGAGGGGGACAGAACUGAGUCUGGGGCAGAAGGGGACAGAACUGAGUCUGGGGCAGAGGGGGACAGAACUGAGUCUGCGGCAGAGGGGGACAGCACUGAGUCUGGGGCAGAGGGGGACAGCACUGAGUCUGGGACUGAGGGGGACAGCACUGAGUCUGGGGCAGAGGGGGACAGAACUGAGUCUGGGGCAGAGGGGGACAGAACUGAGUCUGGGGCAGAGGGGGACAGAACUGAGUCUGCGGCAGAGGGGGACAGCACUGAGUCUGGGGCAGAGGGGGACAGCACUGAGUCUGGGGCAGAGGGGGACAGCACUGAGUCUGGGGCAGAGGGGGACAGCACUGAGUCUGGGGCAGAGGGGGACAGCACUGAGUCUGGGGCAGAGGGGGACAGAACUGAGUCUGGGGCAGAGGGGGACAGAACUGAGUCUGGGGCAGAGGGGGACAGGACUGAGUCUGGAGCAGAGGGGGACAGAACUGAGUCUGGGGUAGAGAAGGACAGAACUGAGUCUGGAGCAGAGGGGGACAGAACUGAGUCUGGGGCAGAGAAGGACAGAACUGAGUCUGGGGUAGAGAAGGACAGAACUGAGUCUGGAGCAGAGGAGGACAGAACUGAGUCUGGGGUAGAGGGGAACAGAACUGAGUCUGGGGCAGAGGGGGACAGAACUGAGUCUGGGGCAGAGGGGGACAGGACUGAGUCUGGAGCAGAGGGGGACAGAACUGAGUCUGGGGUAGAGAAGGACAGAACUGAGUCUGGAGCAGAGGGGGACAGAACUGAGUCUGGGGCAGAGAAGGACAGGACUGAGUCUGGGGUAGAGAAGGACAGAACUGAGUCUGGAGCAGAGGAGGACAGAACUGAGUCUGGGGUAGAGGGGAACAGAACUGAGUCUGGGGCAGAGGGGGACAGAACUGAGUCUGGAGCAGAGGGGGACAGAACUGAGUCUGGGGUAGAGGGGAACAGAACUGAGUCUGGAGCAGAGGGGGACAGAACUGAGUCUGGGGUAGAGAAGGACAGAACUGAGUCUGGAGCAGAGGAGGACAGGAAUGAGGCUGUGGCUGAGGGGAAAAGGACUGAGACUGUGGCUGAGGGGGACAGGACUGAGGCUGUGGCUGAGGGGAAAGGACUGAGGCUGUGGCUGAGGGGGACAGGACUGAGACUGUGGCUGAGGGGGACAGGACUGAGGCUGUGGCUGAGGGGGACAGGACUGAGGCUAACUGAGGCUGUGGCUGAGGGGAACAGGACUGAGGCUGAGGGGGACAGGACUGAGGCUGAGGGGGACAGGACUGAGGCUGUGAAUGAGGGGGACAGGACUGAGGCUGAGGGGGACAGGACUGAGGCUGUGGCUGAGGGGGACAGAACUGAGUCUGGGGUAGAGAAGGACAGAACUGAGUCUGGAGCAGAGGAGGACAGGAAUGAGGCUGUGGCUGAGGGGAAAAGGACUGAGACUGUGGCUGAGGGGGACAGGACUGAGGCUGUGGCUGAGGGGGACAGGACUGAGGCUGUGGCUGAGGGGGACAGGACUGAGGCUGUGGAUGAGGGGGACAGGACUGAGGCUGUGGCUGAGGGGGACAGAACUGAGUCUGGGGCAGAGGGGGACAGAACUGAGUCUGGGGCAGAGGGGGACAGAACUGAGUCUGGGGCAGAGGGGGACAGCACUGAGUCUGGGGCAGAGGGGGACAGCACUGAGUCUGGGGCAGAGGGGGACAGCACUGAGUCUGGGGCAGAGGGGGACAGCACUGAGUCUGGGGCAGAGGGGGACAGCACUGAGUCUGGGGCAGAGGGGGACAGAACUGAGUCUGGGGCUAAGGGGAAAGGACUGAGGCUAACUGAGGCUGUGGCUGAGGGGAACAGGACUGAGGCUGAGGGGGACAGGACUGAGGCUGAGGGGGACAGGACUGAGGCUGUGAAUGAGGGGGACAGGACUGAGGCUGAGGGGGACAGGACUGAGGCUGUGGCUGAGGGGGACAGAACUGAGUCUGGGGUAGAGAAGGACAGAACUGAGUCUGGAGCAGAGGAGGACAGGAAUGAGGCUGUGGCUGAGGGGAAAAGGACUGAGACUGUGGCUGAGGGGGACAGGACUGAGGCUGUGGCUGAGGGGGACAGGACUGAGGCUGUGGCUGAGGGGGACAGGACUGAGGCUGUGGAUGAGGGGGACAGGACUGAGGCUGUGGCUGAGGGGGACAGAACUGAGUCUGGGGCAGAGGGGGACAGAACUGAGUCUGGGGCAGAGGGGGACAGAACUGAGUCUGGGGCAGAGGGGGACAGCACUGAGUCUGGGGCAGAGGGGGACAGCACUGAGUCUGGGGCAGAGGGGGACAGCACUGAGUCUGGGGCAGAGGGGGACAGCACUGAGUCUGGGGCAGAGGGGGACAGCACUGAGUCUGGGGCAGAGGGGGACAGAACUGAGUCUGGGGCAGAGGGGGACAGAACUGAGUCUGGGGCAGAGGGGGACAGGACUGAGUCUGGAGCAGAGGGGGACAGAACUGAGUCUGGGGUAGAGGGGAACAGAACUGAGUCUGGAGCAGAGGGGGACAGAACUGAGUCUGGAGCAGAGGAGGACAGGAAUGAGGCUGUGGCUGAGGGGAAAAGGACUGAGACUGUGGCUGAGGGGGACAGGACUGAGGCUGUGGCUGAGGGGAAAGGACUGAGGCUGUGGCUGAGGGGGACAGGACUGAGCCUGUGGCUGAGGGGGACAGGACUGAGGCUGUGGCUGAGGGGGACAGGACUGAGGCUGUGGCUGAGGGGGACAUGA